CAACGCGUCCGCGGUCGCCUCGGCGCUCGCGGCCGCCGCAGACGGCGGGGUGCCGCCGCCGUCGCCGCCGCCGCCGCGGCCGUGCGCGUCGCCGCUGCCGCGGUCGCCGAGGGGCGGCGGGCAGCAGGCGCAGCACGCGUGGCGGGCGCAGGCCGGGCUCUAGCAACCCCAGGAAAUCCGAUUUUGCAGGCGGCGCAGCAGCUGCAAGGAU